AUGCCCCCUAAGAAACUGUUAUCUUUUGAUGCUUUUUCUAAGACAGUUGAAGAUGCCAGGAUACGAACGGCAUCUGGCGGUAUUGUCACAAUUGUGUCGAUAGUUCUCAUAGUAUGGCUGACCUUGUGGGAAUGGGUUGAUUAUAGGCGAAUUGACUUUGCACCCGAACUAAUUGUAGACAAAGCAAGAGGUGAACGAUUGGAUAUUUAUUUAAAUGUUACGUUUCCUCAUAUGCCUUGCGAGUUGGUCACCAUGGAUGCUAUGGAUGCAUCCGGCGAGAUCCAGGCGGAGAUCGAACACAAUGUGCUGAAGACCAGACUGGAUCCCAAGGGAAACAGAAUCUCAUCGAGCCAAUUGCUGCUUGAAUCGGAACAGGAGAGCAACGCUAUCAACCAGCGUCUGAAGGACCCUAACUAUUGUGGCUCGUGCUAUGGAUCCAAACCUGAUGGUGAGUGUUGUAACACUUGUGCAGAGAUCAAGCAAGCAUAUGCUGCCAAAGGAUGGGCAUUUGACGACGGUUCUGGAAUGGAGCAAUGUGAAGAGGAGCAUUAUCAAGAAAAAAUCCAGGCCACUCGUGACGAGGGCUGUAAUAUUGCGGGCAAGGUCAGCGUGAACAAAGUGCUGGGUAAUUUGCAUUUCGCACCCGGAUCCUCGUUGACCCAAAGUAUGCAGCACACACACGACCUGACGCUGUUUAUGAAGCCUGAAAUGCCAUUCACAUUUUCCCAUAUCAUUCACCAUUUGUCAUUUGGACCUCCUGUGGAGGGCACAAACGGUGUCAACGACCGUCGACACUCUCCCCUUGACGGUACUGUGCACGAAACUGAAGUGAAAAAAUAUAGCUACAGAUACUUCAUCAAGGUAGUAGCCACUCGCUUUGAGUGGAUCGAUGGUCAAGUAACUGAAACGAACGAAUACUCGGUGACUUCGCACGAACGCAGUCACGACGGAGGCAGGGACGAAGAUCAUCCUAACACGCUGCACUCCAGAGGAGGUAUUCCAGGGGUAUUUUUCGACUACGACAUUUCUCCUAUGAAAGUAAUCAACCGCGAACGACGGCCCAAGUCUUUUGGCUCGUUCCUUACUGGCGUAUGUGCUAUAGUUGGCGGUGUGUUAACGCUUGGAGCGGUCAUUGACCGCGGCGUUUGGGAGGCCGAUAAGGCGCUCCGCCGCAAAAAGACUAUUUGA